GGUUUCUUCCUGUCAGCGACACAUGUAGAACAAGCAGCUAACGGGACCCAGAGAGCAGACGGGAGGACAGUCAAUUAUAGCCUCUCUGCCAGCCUCGUUAUUUCUUCCCCCUUUCUUUUUGCCCAAACAAGCACUUCUCGCUCUGAGGAAAUUACGGCAUGCGUAGACCUGUAAUUACGUCUUGCAAUGGACUCCUUUUGUUCCAGCGAAAAAACGAGCAGUAAAGCAGCAACAGUAAAACGGGAACCGUCCAGUGGAAAUACUAUCUGUUAACUCCAUUUGCUCGGUACUCCGCUUGUUGCCAUCCGAGCUCGAGUCCUCGCUGAGGUCCGCUGUCGCGCGGAGCUGGAGGCCGACCGCGCGCGAUAGUGUCCGCGUUCUACCUGUACUUUUUGGGACUGUUGCAGCCAACCUGUUUACCUUCCUCCGCUUCAAGCCAUUAACUUCACAGCCAUUACACUUAAAAGAGACAAACGAGGGACAAUGGUGAAUCCCGGAGGCAGCAGCCAGCCACCACCGGUGGGCACAGGUUCUCUGUCCUGGAAGCGGUGUGCAGGCUGCGGGGGCAAAAUCGCAGACCGCUUCCUCCUUUACACCAUGGACAGCUACUGGCACAGCCGAUGCCUCAAGUGCUCCUGCUGCCAGGCCCAGCUGGGCGAAAUCGGCACGUCGUGCUACACAAAAAGCGGCAUGAUCCUCUGUAGAAACGACUAUAUCAGGUGUGUUAGGCAGGAGCCGCGCAGGAAGCAGGAUGUGUGCCUUCAUUUUAGCCCUUACUCAUUGUCACCCGAGACAGCGUGGAUCAGCAGCACCCCAGCCUUUUAGCUGUGCUCCCAGGCCCUUUGUCCCAAAGGAAUCCUCAACCCAUCUUACCAGUAACCUGACUUUUAUUUCUGCAACCCAUGCCCAACACUCAACCUUCAACCUUGGUUUUUCCCCAAAUAUGGGUGGAUACUUGCACUUAACACACCUGAAUCUGGACGCUGAGGACUCCAUGACCUUGGAAUAAAACAUAGACCGGAGCCCGAUCAGAAUCCAAGGGGACUCUUCGGGAAGAGAAAAUUAAAUAACACAAGAGGACUUUGUGACUGAAGUGAGGGAAAGAGAAAAAGACUAAUGAGGUUAAAGAGAUGCAGACUUUUCAACUCUGCAUAUUUGUUUAAAGACAUUUGGGGGGAAAACCGGGACCUUUUCAUUUUUCCUCUCUUCCUUUUCUAUCCUCAUGUCCCAACAACAUGGUGUUUCCACUUUAUAUAUUUUAAGUGUUGUCAAAGGGGAAUGUGUUUCUUUUUUUUUUUCUUUGGUGGUAUAUAUAUAUAUAUAAAAAUGGGGUUUAAAACAACAAAAAAAAAAAUUCUGUGGCUUUUUGUGGAAAACAAAUCAUGAACACUCUCUUGGUGUAUUUGUAAAACUACCAUGUAUGUACAGUAUGCAUGUAAAUGUCGUUGUCCAGGCGUGGCUACAGUACAUCUGACCCUCCGCACUCAGCUCCUGUCCUCCCCUCUCCCCUCCAAACCUGAACCCAUGGAAAACUGAAGAAAUUUGCUCAUAGUCAGUAAUGUAGAGAUCAUCACCAACAUAUAAAUGCUGAAUGAAAGAGAAGUUUAUUUGUGAUAUUUUCCGAGACAUUUGCUCCAGUAUGGUGUAUUUAAUUAAUAAAAAUAUUGAAGAUUUAAAAAGCCUCCUUAAAUUCAUUGUAAAGCUUCAGAAUCUGUGUUAUUGAAUAAACUUGGGUUUAUAGAUUGUUAGUGCUCUUCUUCUCGCACUAAGCAUUGUGCUAAUACUGUCUUUUGAAUCCUUUGUUUUUACCAAUGAAGCUUUGUCAGAAUGACAUAAUUACCACAAGAUCCCAUUCGCCAAGUGCCCAAGAAUGUAUCUGUCAUGCAAAAGGCU